AUGAAUUAUGAGUUCAAUACAUCCUCUUUAGCAGAAAGACGGAUAUUCCUUGCUCAUUAUCAGACAAUCACUUAUUCACAAACUUCGUGUGGGGCUAAUAGUUUGCAUUUCCCAUCUCAUGGAAAACCCUUUUCGCUCCGCUUAGCCUUAUCCCUCUCUAGGGGUACUUUAGUAAUAGGUUCUAUAGGAACUGGACGAUCUUAUUUGGUCAAAUACCUAGCGAAAAACUCCUAUCUUCCUUUCAUUACGGUAUUUCUGAACAAGUCCCUGGAUAACAAGUCUCAAGGUUUUGAUAAUAUUGAUGUUGAUGCUAGUGACGAUAGUGAUGCUAGUGACGAUAUUGAUGCUAGUGACGAUAUCCUUGAUAUGGAGCUGGAACUGCUAACUAGCAUGAAUGCGCUAACUAUGGAUAUGAUGCCUGAAGAUGAAGACCUACUUUAUAUCACCCUUCAAUUCGAAUUAGCAAAAGCAAUGUCUCCUUGCAUAAUAUGGAUUCCAAACAUUCAUGAUCUGGAUGUGAAUGAGUCGAAUUACUUGUCCCCAGGUCUAUUAGUGAACCUUCUCUCCAGGGAUUAUGAAACUAGAAAUAUUCUUGUUAUUGCUUCGACUCAUAUUCCCCAAAAAGUGGAUCCCGCUCUAAUAGCUCCGAAUAAAUUAAAUACGUGCAUUAAGAUACGAAGGCUUCUUAUUCCACAACAACGAAAGCACUUUUUCACUCUUUCAUAUACUAGGGGAUUUCACUUGGAAAAGAAAAUGUUCCAUACUAAUGGAUUCGGGUCCAUAACCAUGGGUUCCAAUGCACGAGAUCUUGUAGCACUUACCAAUGAGGCCCUAUCGAUUAGUAUUACACAGAAUAAAUCAAUUAUAGAUACUAAUACAAUUAGAUCCGCUCUUCAUAGACAAAUUUGGGAUUUGCGAUCCCAGGUAAGAUCGGUCCAGGAUCAUGGGAUCCUUUUCUAUAAGAUAGGAAGGGCUGUAGCACAAAAUGUACUUUUAAGUAAUUGCCCCAUAGAUCCUAUAUCUAUCUAUAUGAAAAAGAAAUCAUGUAACGAAGUGGAUUAUUAUUUGUACAAUUGGUACUUCGAACUUGGAACGAGCAUGAAGAAAUUAACGAUACUUCUUUAUCUUUUGAGUUGUUCUGCCGGAUCGGUCACUCAAGAUCUUUGGUCUCUACCCGGACCCGAUGAAAAAAAUGGGAUCACUCCUUAUGGACUCGUUGAGAAUGAUUCUGGUCUAGUUCGUGGCCUAUUAGAAGUGGAAGGCGCUCUGGUGGGAUCCUCACGGACAUGCAGUCAGUUUGAUAAGGAUCGAGUGACAUUGCUUCUUCGACCCGAACCAAGGAAUCCCUUAGAUAUGAUGCAAAAUGGAUCUUGUUCUAUCCUUGAUCAGAGAUUUCUCUAUGAAAAAGACGAAUCGGAGUUUGAAGAGGGGGACGAGCGGCAACAGAUAGAGGAGGAUUUAUUCAAUCACAUAGUUUGGGCUCCUAGAAUAUGGCGCCCUUGGGGCUUUCUAUUUGAUUGUAUCGAAAGGCCCAAUGAAUUGGGAUUUCCCUAUUGGUCCAGGUCAUUUCGGGGCAAGCGGAUCGUUUAUGAUGAAGAGGAUGAGCUUCAAGAGAAUGAUUCGGAGUUCUUGCAGAAUGGAACCGUGCAGUACCAGACACGAGAUAUAUCUUCCAAAGAACAAGGCCUUUUUCGAAUAAGCCAAUUCAUUUGGGACCCUGCAGAUCCACUCUUUUUCCUAUUCAAAGCUCAGCCCUUUGUCUCUGUGUUUUCACCUCGAGAAUUAUUUGCAGAUGAAGAGAUGUCAAAGGGGCUUCUUACUCCCCAAAAAAAUCGUCCUACAUCUCUAUAUAAACGCUGGUUUAUCAAGAAGACGCAAGAAAAGCACUUCGAAUUGUUGAUUAAUCACCAGAGAUGGCUUAGAACCAAUCGUUCAUUAUCUAAUGGAUCUUUCCGUUCUAAUACUCUAUCCGAGAGUUAUCAGUAUUUAUCAAAUUUGUUCCUAUCUAACGGAACACUAUUGGAUCAAAUGACAAAGGCAUUGUUGAGAAAAAGAUGGCUUUUCCCGGAUGAAAUGCAAAUUGGAUUCAUGAAACAGGAUAAGGAUUUCCCAUUCCUUAGCCAGAAAGAUAUGUGGCCAUGAAAGGCGAAGGAAGGCUGGAAUGCCAACAGGCGUCUAUUAUUGAAUUCACCCGACCCGACAGUACCCGUUUGGGGAACGUCCAGUACCAAAGUCACUGAAUGGGUAAGUCGCCAAUCCCUAAAACGGACUAUGUAAUGCUAUGUAAUGUACUUUAUCUGCUGGGUUACGGGCGGUCAUUUUACUAGUUAUAAUCUACCCUUGUGUGAUUCCUGUUGAAGCAUAUACUCGGGGGGUGG